UUUCACCAUUUCCUUUUGUUUCUUUGAUUAACUACUGUUACUCAUCACAUAUUAAUUUAAUAACUCACCAUCUUUUAAAGAUCACAAAAAUGAACUUUUUAUGUACUAGGAACAUGUCUGAGGAAUCGUCGACUUCCCAACAAAACAUUGUUAGUUGUCCAUUUUUGCGUAACAUCAACGAACCAACUAAUUUCUCGUUUUCUUCAUCCGUGGCUAUCCCAUUGCCGGUACGGGGAACCAAAGGUCCUAUAUUUGAGGACGGGCCCAAUUUUGAUACGGCUUUUAGGGUCUUCCAUGGGCAAAAUGGUGUGGUUCCGCUUUCUGAGCCAUUAUCAUCACAUGGUCCUAGUAACAUGAGGUCCGAACCACCUGCACAACAGUUCCACCCUUUAGCGGCUAAGGCAGCUACCAUUAGCCUCUCGGGUUUUGGCGGGGCCUUCGGUUUUGAUGCAUUCAAUGAAAUGUUCAAGAAUCAACAAAAACCAUCCAAGAAAAAGUCUUCAAGGAAAAGUGACUCUAGCCAUGAGGCAAUGAGCGAAGAAUGGCUUCAAAAUGGAAAAUGUCCUAUGGCUAAAUCCUACAGAUCAGUCACAAACAUUCUACCAAUAAUGGCUAAAGCAAUUAAACUCCCAUCGGGCAUAAACUAUCGUUGCCCACCAAUCAUCGUGGCUGCAAGGGCUGCAGUAGCUAAAACGGCUUUAGCAAAAAACCUCAGGCCGCAACCACUGCCUGCAAAAGUACUAGUUAUCGGGGUCAUCGGAAUGGCGGCUAAUGUCCCAUUAGGGAUAUGGAGAGAACAUACUAAAAAAUUCUCUCCUUCUUGGUUUGCAGCAGUACAUGCCGCGGUUCCUUUUAUUGGCAUGCUUAGAAAGUCAGUUUUGAUGCCCAAAUCUGCUAUGGCUUUUGUAAUAGCUUCUUCGGUUUUGGGUCAGGUGAUCGGGUCUAGGGCUGAACGGUAUCGUCUAAAAACAACUGUUCGUGGGUCGAAUCAGGUUGAACUUACUGGUGUUCAUUGUGGUGAGUUGGUUGAGUUCAAAUCCGUACCAUUGCAAGUCGCUGGACCGGUCUAAAAUUGUUAUAUUACUGCACAUGGAUUACAUGUUUAGGUUUUGAAUUGAUAUACGAGUCUUUGGUAUGUAUGUAAUAUAAUUUUUAUGAGCCAAUUAUUUUAUUUUAUUUCUAACCACAAA